CAAAGUGGAGAGAGAGAAAGAGGAGGAGCAACAACAGAGUAAAGAGAAAUAGAGAGAGGCAGAAAGCUCCACACACAUCAGUUAUUAGCUGUAAGAAGACAAGAGCGAGAGAGGACAUACUGUAACAGGAUAAAAAGAAAAAAUAGAAAGAGAAGGGAAAAGAAAGCAAAAGAGAAGAAAAGAAGAAACUCAAGACCAAGACACAAAGAAGAAAGUGAAAGGCUGAGGAAGUUGUUGCUCAGUAGGGAAUCCAUUCAGCACCCUGUAGAGACUUCAGUUUUUGUCCAAGUGAACUGACAAAACCUGUGACUGGGAGUCUACUGGGAGGUCGGACUGGUUUCUACCCACAGUGAGCAGACUGCCAAGCACCAUGGCUGACAACGUGAACGAGGAGUCGGAUUAUAACCCGGGAAAAGAUGAGCUGGACUGGGGCUACGAGGAAGGUGUAGAAUGGGGACUCCUUUUCCCAGCAGCCAACGGCGAGUACCAGUCUCCCAUUAACUUAAACUCCAGGGAGGCUCAGUAUGACCCGUCCCUCCUGGAUGUCGGCUUAUCACCAAACUAUGUGGUGUGUCGAGACUGUGAGGUCAUCAACGACGGACACACCGUCCGCAUCAUUCUCAAGUCCAAGUCAGUGGUUACCGGGGGUCCGUUGCCCAGUGAUCAUGAGUAUGAGCUUCAUGAGGUUCGAUUCCACUGGGGCAAAGAGAACCAGAGAGGAUCAGAGCACACUGUCAACUUCAAGGCUUUCCCUAUGGAGCUCCAUCUGAUUCACUGGAACAGCACACUGUUUAACACUUUGGAGGACGCUCUUGGGAUGAAGAAUGGAGUCCUCAUCAUAGCUCUUUUUGUGCAGAUUGGUAAGGAGCAUCUGGGUCUGAAGGCCAUCACUGAAGUUCUACAGGACCUGCAGUACAAGGGGAAGAGCAAGAUAAUCCCCUGCUUCAACCCCAACACUCUGUUACCUGACCCUUUACUGAGAGACUACUGGGUGUAUGAAGGAUCUCUGACCACCCCGCCUUGUAGUGAAAGUGUGACCUGGAUUCUCUACCGCUACCCUCUCACCAUCUCACAGUCACAGAUUGAGGAGUUUCGGAGGCUGCGGUCCCAUGUCAAAGGGGCGGAGCUACUGGAAGGGAAUGAUGGGAUGUUGGGCGACAACUUCCGUCCCACCCAGCCGCUCAGCGACCGGACGGUUCGUGCCGCCUUUCAGUGACUCUCGCUUUGCACUGCAAACUCAGAAAAACUAUGGGACCUACAGAUACAAGUGCAGAAGGAGAGAAGGAAGAAGACGUGUGAAGAGAGGAAUGGAAAAAGAGGGAGAGAGAAAAAGUUAACGUGGUUGUAGAUCAGCUGCAGACUGAAGGUGGACAAACUUGGACAAACCUUCAAUGUAUGCUUUUGUUCAGUGUGUAUGUGUGUGUGUGUGUGUGUGUGUGUGUGUGUGUGUGUGUGUGUGUGUGAGUGUGUGUCAGAGGUGUCAAGUAACUAAGUACAAAUACUUAUACUUAAAUAGAAAUUUUAGGUAUCUAUACUUUACUGGAGUAAAUAUUUUACAGCAGACUUUUCACUUCUACUCCUUACAUUUUCAC